AUGCGCAAGUUAAAUAUUCAGGUUGACAAUAUACACUGCGAGCAGUGUGAGUCUUUUCUUCUACAAAUUCUAUCUGGUUACUUUAGUUGGGGUGACUCUUCACUUGAUAAGAUGAUACUGUCUAACGGGUCAUCUCUCAAGAAUCCUAAGAUGAAGCAGAAAAUUUCUGGAAGUAGUGAUGAGGAAUCGUCACUACCUAUUGCUGCAACGAGUUGCCAUAUCGACAGAAUAUCUGGCACGGUAAGCAUCGACUUUCCAAGCAACAGUCAAUCUCACAAUAUUGAUCCACCUUCAGCAGAAUCUCCGAAGGAUGAAUUGAUAAAGAAAUCUGUACUGAACUCCCUCAAGAAUGAUCUUGAAAAUGUGGGCUUUAAGAUUUCUGAUAUGUUUGAAGAUAACGAUCGAGAAGGUAAAGAUCAUUAUAGCUCCCGUUAUCAAUAUCAACAGAAACCCUCUACAUUCAGCAAAGUUAUGAAUUUUUUGUUGAAAAAGCAAGAACAAAGACAGCGGAGGCAUCUUGAGCACUGCGAAAUGUGUCGGAAGGGUUCAACCGAGAUUAAAGAAGAUGACCUCGAAGUAGUAGUUAGUGACCCUAUAAGAUACAGAGCGGUGUUUGCCAUUAGUGGCAUGACAUGUGCAAGCUGUGGACAAAACAUCGAGACAGCCAUUCUGAGAGCCUUAAAAACUACUGUAGAGACAGAUGUACCAAACAUUGCGGUUGAUCCGUUAACACAUACUGCUGUGGUUGUAAUUCCAAACAAACAGAUUGUUCAAAAAAUAAUCGAUCACGUUAACGAAUCAGGUUACACUGCUCUGCUAGUUGAAAUAUUACCUGUAAGCACUGAAAGACGAUUUAAAGUGACCGCUGCCAUCGGGGGGAUUACUUGUGCAGCCUGCGCAUCUACAAUUUCGCACGCAGUUGGCGAUUUGGCAUUUGUUGAGGAUGUUGCUGUAAAUGUCGUUUCGAAAACUGGCGUGUUCAUUUUAGACUCAAACGAUGCUUCAUCAAUAUCGCUACUACAAGAAACAAUCGAAGAUUGUGGUUAUGACUUCACAAUGAUGGGCAACCCUGAACCUAUCCAUCAUACCUCUCUUAAAAAGCAAACACGUACCGUCAACCUAAAGAUUGAAGGUAUGCUCUGUAAUCACUGCCCUGAGCGAGUCAACACAGCUCUUUCUAAAUUUGGAGAUGCUGAAUUGAUUGUUGAAGAUUCCAUCACUUUGCAAAGACCUUACAUCAAGUUCACUUACGUUCCCGACGUUGCCAAAAAAGUUACAAUUCGCUCUAUAAUUGAAGCGAUAAGAGAUGAGCUUUACGAGGGGCCUGCUUCGGAUGUUACUAUUUCUAUCGUUGAAGAGAUGUCCCUUGAUGAUCAUCUUAAGAAAAUGGCAAAACGUGAAACGAUAGAAAUUUCCGUAAGACUGUUAAUUUCAACAAUUAUCGCUAUCCCUACGUUCAUUUUCGGUGUGGUGGGUAUGUCCUUACUACCUGAAGGGAAUAGAUUUAGAAAAUGGCUAGAUUCGCCAAUUUGGCGAGGUAAUGCAUCUAGAGACACAUGGAUUCUUUUCAUUUUGAGCACACCUAUCUAUUUUUUCAUUGAUGAUCUGUUUCACAGAAAAGCUUUCAUGGAAGUUAGAGCUCUAUGGCGGCAGAAAAAUAAUUGGAAGAGAAGACUAUUUCGCUUUGGUAGUAUGAACCUAUUAAUGUCUCUGGGAACAUCAGUCGCAUAUUUUGCAAGCAUUGCUCUUCUUAUCAUAGCAGCAAAUUCAGAAAGACAUGGUGAUGAGAUGGGCUACACUACUACUUAUUUCGACUCUGUUGUCUUCCUUACAUUUUUCCUGCUGAUUGGCCGUUUGUUAGAAAGUUUUUCCAAGAGUCGCACGGCUCAGGCUAUAAAUGAGCUCGGAUCGUUGAAGAAACACGAAGCGACCUUAGUGGACUACAGAAGUGAAGGAGUUUUUGAAAAUGAUCAAAUUUUGGACAUAAAAUAUUUGGAAAUUGGUGAUUACAUAAAAAUUUCUCCGGGAGAAUCCUUGCCAGUCGAUUGUAUCAUUGUGAAAGGAGAAUCGGAGUUUGAUGAAAGUGCUUUAACGGGCGAGUCUAUACCGAUUGAUCAUUCUGUUGGAGAACAAAUAUUUGCGGGAACUGUGAAUGUUGGAAACAAAGUUGUGAUCGGAAAACUGUGCUCAUUAGACGGUAGUUCUCUAAUUGAUCAAAUUGUGAAAUCUAUACGUGAAGGACAGUUGAAACGUGCUCCCAUUGAGAGACUUGCUGACAUUCUAACCGGCUAUUUUGUACCCAUCAUAACUCUUCUAGCAGUAAUAACAUGGGUCAUUUGGAUUGUUCUAGGCUACAGUGGGGCCUUGCCUAAUUCGUAUCUUGACAUUGACUUAGGUGGAUGGGCUUUGUGGUCCCUGGAGUUUGCAAUAUCAGUUUUUGUCGUUGCAUGCCCUUGUGGAAUAGGGCUUGCCGCCCCAACAGCCUUAUUUGUUGGCGCUGGAAUAGCAGCAAGAAAUGGUAUAUUGGCAAGGGGCGGAGGAGCUGCUUUUCAAGAGGGAUCAAAAGUAUCGGUAGUAUGCUUUGAUAAGACAGGUACUCUAACUUCGGGAGGAAAACCAAAAAUUACAAAUUUUGCAAUCCACAACCAUCCUAAAUUGAAAACAAUUGCUGUCCAAGUGACAAGGGAUAUGGAGCUUGCUUCUAAACACCCUUUGUCAGCUUGCGCUAAGACCUUUGUGAUGGAGAAUUUUAGUAACUUAAUUGGAAAUGUUAAAAUUCCUAAUGUCGAAGUAGUUGCCGGCAAGGGCUUAAAGGGUGAAAUUGUGCUUGAUAAUGAGCAAUGUGAUUCUGUUUGGAGCGACUUGAAGCCAGAGGCUGCUAUAAUCGGAAACGAGAAAUUUACUGAAGAGAAUGAUUGUCACUUGAGCUCAACACAGAUCCAACUGUUGACUGAAUGGAAAGUCAGCGGUAAAAGUAUCAUAAUCGUUGCACUUAAGUGUGAAAGAUUCUUCGGGAAUUCCAAAUAUUUCCCUGUUUUGUUGAUGGCUGCUAGGGAUGAAUUGAGGCCAGAAGCAAAGGGAGUAAUUAAGCAACUACAGAACGAGGGUAUCGAAUGUUGGAUGAUUUCAGGAGACAAUGCGAUCACAGCAAAGGCUAUUGCCAAGGAAUUGAAUAUCGACAAUAUUGUAGCGGAAGUUUUACCAGAUGAAAAGGCUGACAAAGUUAAAUGGAUCCAAAACACGAGAAUAAUAGAUGGAAAGCCGGCCGUUGUGGCAAUGGUAGGGGACGGAAUUAAUGAUGGGCCAGCACUGGCAUCAGCAGAUGUUGGAAUCGCUUUAGCAUCUGGAUCGGAUUUAGCAAUGACAUCAUGUGAUUUUGUUCUUCUCAAUUCCACAAACACUCUUUCUUCUUUAUUAACUCUCCUACAGUUAUCGCGGAAGGUUUUCGCCAGAGUUCGUUUCAAUUUUGGAUGGGCGCUUAUCUACAACAUGAUUGGUGUUCCUAUAGCUGCUGGCGUCAUCUAUCCAUAUAAUAAUUCAAGACUAUCUCCGGUGUGGGCAAGUGCAGCAAUGGCAGCAUCUUCUGUAUCGGUCGUUCUCAGCAGUUUAGCACUUAAGUUUUUCCGUCCUAGCAAAAUUAUUAACGAUCCAUCGUACAAACUAGGACUUGAAAAUACUGAAGUUGUUGAGGAGAAGUUCGCUUGA